UAUUCAAUUGGUCAGUGGUCGAGUGCCAUGCAGGGCAGUCACCAUUGUUUUAGUUGUCAGUUGUAACCUCGAAGUGGCGAAACGUCUCGAUCGAACUUUAGUGGCGUUGAAAAUUAUUGCUGAACCUUCCAAGUCGUUAGAUAUACUUAUAAGAGGGGUAACAGCCUACAAUGAUCCAAAUGGGGUUCGACGGAGCUUUCUACGAAGAAGUGCUAAGGAACCACUUCGGAGAUCCGACAACGAAAGUGCGGUCAGUGAAGGAAGAGCGGGCGACAGCGAAAGGUGAAAAUUUCCUCAGCGACAUGUUACGCAUCGAAGUUGAGCUCACGAGGAAUUCAUUAGCUCAGGAUGACGCCGGUUGCCGAAUGUGCGAGAGGCGAAGUUUCAUUUUGAAGCACGAACCGGGGGGCGAUUCCAGGCUACUGAAAAUGAUCCAGGAGCAGCAGCUCUUCACUGUCGAGCUGAGCAUCCUCAAGAACGUCCUGCCGCGGAUCGAAAACGCACUCGGAAUUCGACUUGGUCCAAAGCUGGUUUACGGACGAGAUGAACCACCCAGGGUUAUUAUUAUGGAGGAUUUGACGCCCGAGGGAUUCCAUGUCAAAGACAGACAAGAAGGACUAUCAAUGGCUCACGCUACUAUGGCUAUAAAAAAUCUCGCCAGAUUUCAUGCUGGCUCUGUAGCUCUGGCGGAGGAGAAUCCUGCGGCAAUUAAGAGCUUCAGGCAGCAAAUUUUUGCCUCAACGACACAUCCAAACUUCUAUACCCUGCUUAUUAACAGUUUGAAUCGUUUGCGCGAAGACGCGCAGACGUGGUUGGACGAGGACUGUAUCUUAGCCGCGAAGAAGUUGAAUAAUGUCAUUGCAUCGCUGAGGCAGAGGAUUCAAGACGUUUACAGCUACGAUCCGGAGGAGUUCUGUGUUCUUAAUCACGGCGAUGCCUGGGUCAACAACAUGCUCUUCGUCGAAGAUAAAUCGGGCAAACCGAUUGAGCAAGUUUUUGUCGAUUACCAAAUGGUUGGCUAUUCCUCGCCAGCGAUCGAUCUCUUAUACUUUCUCGGGAUAAAUCCAGCGCUCGAGAUUCGCGGUCAGGGUGAAACGGAUCUUUUGGAAAUUUACCUCGAGACUCUUACACUAAACAUGAAGAGGCUAAGAUGCAGGACGGAAUCGCCGACAAUGGAACAUUUGAAGAAGGCCAUGUAUCGUCGGCGAGUAUACGCUGUGGCGGCGGGCCUCUUUCUCCUACCACGGAUGAUGCUCGAUAAGGAAGACGUCGAGAGUAUCGACCAGCUUUUGAAGCAUGGCAUGUAUAGAAUAAACCCUUAUGCAAAACCGAACACGAUUCGAAUGAUGAAACGAAUGCUUCCGCUCAUGAGCGAAAGAGGAUACCUCGAUGCGUGAAUUCCACUUUUACUUCUAAUCUUCGAUGCUAUUCAUACGUUGCGGUUUGUUGAUUCAAAAUUCAUUUGCG